AUGGCCAAAAGUAUUGAGGAGAGAUAUCAGAAAAAAUCCCAGUUGGAACACAUUUUACUCCGGCCGGAUACAUACAUUGGGAGUGUCGAGAAGCAUACCCAAUCUCUCUGGGUAUUCGACGAUGAAACUAGUAAGAUGGUUCAGAAAACUGUAACAUAUGUGCCUGGGUUAUAUAAAAUUUUCGACGAGAUACUGGUGAAUGCUGCCGACGUCAAGGCUAGGGAGAGUCAAAGAACAGAUGUAGUUCAGAAGAUGACAACCAUAAAAGUCAACAUUGACUCAUCAACUGGCGAAAUUUAUGUUUGGAACGAUGGUGAUGGUAUUCCAAUUGAGAUUCACAAGGAGCACAAUAUUUACGUUGCACAUUUGAUAUUUGGCCAUUUGCUUACAUCCGACAAUUAUGAUGAUUCUGAACAGCGUAUUACAGGUGGAAGGAACGGAUUCGGUGCCAAACUUGCCAAUAUUUUCUCCAAAAAGUUUACUGUUUGUUGUGGUGAUUGUAAACGCAAGAGGGAAUUAAAAAUGACAUGGUUUGAUAACAUGUCAAGGCACAGUGCGGUUAAGGUCCGAAAUUAUUCCGGAAAGGAUUAUGUUUCAGUAACUUUCCUGCCUGAUUACGAAAAGUUUGGCAUGGACGGCCUAGAUGAGGGGACGGAAUUGCUGCUUAAAAAACGAGUAUAUGAUAUAGCUGGCACUAGUGGCGUAAAAGUGUUUCUAAAUAACAACCGAAUUCCAGUAAAAAAUUUCACAACAUAUGUUGAUAUGUACUUGGGCACGAAUGAUGACGUUGUUAGAAUCAGUGAUUCUUCCGAGCGGUGGAGUGUUGUGGUAACAAAAUCCGACGGUUCCCAAUUCCAGCAAGUGUCAUUUGUCAACAGUAUUUGUACCAUAAAGGGUGGUAGCCACGUAAACUACGUAAUCGAACCCAUGAUACAAGCUAUUACCAAAAAGAUAAACAGCAAAAAUAAGGGUGGGAUGCAAGUUAAAGUGGGUCAUGUUAAAUCCCAUUUGUGGGUUUUCGUGAACUGUCUAAUCACUAACCCUUCCUUCGACUCACAAACUAAGGAAACAUUGACUACCAAGCCUCAAAAGUUUGGGAGUAAGUAUAUGCCUUCGGAUAAGUGCAUAAACAGUAUUUUAAAGAGCAAAAUUAUGGAUAGCGUAAUCGCAUGGGCUAGAGCUAAAGAGCAGGUUGAACUUGGUAGAAAGCUUAAAGUUGGCAAUGUGAAGCAGACUGAGAAACUUUUAGGAAUCCCAAAACUGGAAGAUGCCUCCAAAGCUGGCACUAAAUUUGCUUCCGAAUGCACUCUAAUUCUUACCGAAGGGGAUUCGGCUAAAACGUCAUGUUUAGCCGGUCUAUCUGUUGUGGGUAGAGAUCUCUAUGGCGUUUUCCCACUUAAAGGUAAACUACUAAAUGUGCGUGAAGCCUCAUUUAAGCAGUUGUCACAAAAUGUUGAGAUACAGCAUAUCCUCAAAAUAAUGGGCCUAGAUGUAUCUAAUAAAAAUUUGGACACCCCAAAAAAUUUGCGAUACGGAUCUCUUAUGAUUAUGACGGACCAAGAUUAUGAUGGAUCCCAUAUCAAGGGACUACUUAUCAAUUUAAUCCAUCAAUUUUGGCCGUCAUUACUUAAGUAUCGCGGUUUCCUACGGCAAUUCAUAACUCCAAUCAUAAAGGCAACUAAAGGCAAUAUUCAAACUUCAUUUUACACCAUUAGCGACUUUAAUAAGUGGAAAGACACUGUUCAGGAUAUUAGAUAUUGGAGAAUUAAGUACUACAAAGGUCUGGGUACAUCCACAGACACAGAAUUUAAGGAGUAUUUUAAGAACAUAAAAGACCAUCUAAUCGAUUUCAAGUGGAGGAAUGAAGAGUGUGACAACAAGAUUGAUAUGGCCUUUAACAAGAAGAGGGUGGAGGAUAGGAAAAGAUGGUUGCAGAAUCAUGUGGCAAUGCAGGAAGAAGGGGUAGCUUCACUGGGUGUAGAUCAUUCUUGCAAGGAGCUGUCAUACCAGGAUUUUGUAGACAAGGAAUUGGUACUGUUUUCAAUUUAUGAUACCGAGAGGAGUAUCCCUUCCAUUAUGGACGGAUUGAAACCAGGGCAAAGAAAGGUGCUAUUCGGUUGUUUUAAGCGCAACCUCAGGACUGAGUGUAAAGUUGCUCAACUUACGGGUUACAUUGCCGAGCAUAGUGCUUACCAUCACGGUGAAACUUCGCUGCAGCAAACUAUUAUCAACAUGGCCCAAACCUUUGUCGGUUCCAAUAACAUCAACUUGCUGGAACCUUGUGGUCAGUUCGGGUCAAGAAAGGAGGGAGGGAAAGAUGCAAGUGCUGCCAGGUACAUCUUUACCAAGCUGUCUGAGCUUACUAGGUUGAUAUAUCAUCCCAUUGACGAUGCAAUAUUGGAGUAUCAAACAGAGGAGGGGCAGUCAAUUGAACCGAUUUUUUACAUACCUAUAUUGCCUAUGGUGUUGGUGAAUGGAUGUGAAGGAAUUGGUACUGGUUUUUCAUCGACAAUUCCCAACUUCUCCCCCUUUGACAUAAUUGCAAACAUUAAGAGGUACAUUAAUGACGAAAUGUUGAUUCCCAUGACUCCCUGGUUUAAGGGAUUUAAGGGGUCGAUCAUUCCAAAUGAUCGCGCUGGUUUUGAUGUGGUGGGCAAAUAUGACGUGGUUGAAUACGAUGUUUUUGACAGUAAAAAUGGCUCAGUGCCUGUUGAUAUUAUCAGGAUCACAGAAUUACCCGUUAAAAAGUGGACCCAGGAUUACAAAGAAUUCCUGGAAUCAUCUGUUAUGUCAGAAGAUUCGCAAAUUAUUGGUUUUAAUGACAAAUCUUCACAUGAACAUGUAGAUUUUGAAGUGCAUGUUAAAGCUGGUACCACUGAUCUGGAAAAAUUGCUUAAGUUGCGUUCCAGUAUUAGUCUGACAAACUUGACCUUGUUUGACACAAAUAGAAAAUUGACAAAGUAUCCAAAUGAACUGGCUAUACUAAAGGAAUUUGCCAAUGAAAGGCUUAAAGCUUACGGCAAACGCAAAGAGUAUUUGCUAGUCAAGUAUACACAGGACUUGAAAAUAUUGAGCAACCAAGUCAGGUUUAUAAAAAUGGUAAUAAAUGAAGAGAUCGUUAUCUUCAACAGGAAGAAAGUUGAUUUGAUAACCGAAUUAAAGCGGCUCAAAUUCGAACCAAUGGACGAAGAUGAGGAAAAGGGAGAAUAUGAUUAUCUAUUAAGCAUGCAAUUGUGGAAUUUGACCAAGGAAAGAGUAGACAAGUUGAAUGAGAAUCAUACGCAGGCAGGAAACUUGUUAGAGAUGUUGAAGGGGAUGACGACCAAACAAAUGUGGUUAGAUGAUUUGCGGGCACUUGAGGAGGCCCUGAAAAAUUUUGAAAAAGGAAGUGAAGAGGGGGAAAUGCCAUCAACUUCCCAUCAAUCCCAAUCAAAGUUAAUUACCAACUUGAAUAAGCAUCGAAAGAUACCCAAAAACUCAAAUUCCGGUAAAAGAAAGAAGUCUAUAGGUGAAUCAUCAUCGCAAGAUAUAAUUGGUUUCGCUUCUCAAGACUACGAAAUUAUAUCCCCAUCAUUUGCAGAUUCAAGUUCACCUGACAUUAGUGGUAAACCUAUUACACUGGCAGAGGCUGCCAAGAGAACGCCUUCAAACAUACCAUCGGUACUCAGUUUUUUUAAGUCAACCUCUACAGUAGAACCAAGCACUGCUGUAGCCGAAAGCAGUGAAGCAGAUGCGGAUAAGGUUACUAGGAAGGAUUACAAGAUUGAGGAGGAAAAGAAAAGAAAUUUUGACAAGGAUGAUCAUGGUGGAAGGAAAGCAAAGAAAAGCAUUGCAAGUAGUGGUGAUGGAAAAGUUAAGAAGGUCCUUAAAAAGAAAAUUGUCGUAGAUGACGACGACGACUUUAUUGUUGACUCAGAUUAUGACCUUUGA